AUGGCAGAUCGAAGAGGCCCUUGGCCCCAUGGCCCUGUGGAUGUAUGGAGGCUGCAUGCGAAGCCCAGCCUCAAAGAGCUGUUCGACUGGCAUGCCGUGGAUGGACGCUUAGAUGGGAGCGGCUUCACCCGCUUGUUGCAGGUGCAGCGAGAGUCAGAUGGUUAUAAAAACUAUAUAUCAGACGCCUUCUCACGUGUGCUUCAAGCCAUUAUCUUCAAUCUGAGUACAAAUGCAACCCUGGAGUGGGAGGACUUCCUAUUCCCGUACCAGUACAGUUUUUUCCCACACCGCAGAAAAUGGUUUGCAGAGUUCACUCUUUGGAGCUGUCUGAAGGUUCGGAGGCAGACCUUGCCUCAGGGUUCUUUGCACUAUCGUUAUCUUCCCAAGACGGAGGCGAGGUUUAUGGCAGCAGUCGGCCGCAGUAUGGUGGAAUGGUGUAACGAUCAUGUGAGCCACCGGGCAAAGAUGCCACAGGCGCUCUCGCCACCGCCGCCGCCACCACCACCGCGAGGUGGCUACCAAGAGGAGUCAAAGGCGCUGUCUGUCACAGCCAUGCUGCCGCAAGGCUGCAAGAUUUGGGGGGCCAAGCAGGCUACAGUGCGCUGUUCCUUUCCUAGGAAGAAUGCGGGGCAAAGAGGCCGUUUAGCUGUGUUGGUGACUGGCAUCAAGGAUCGCUACUACCCUCGAAGCGCUUUCAAGCAUGUGGUCGUGCCAGCAGCGCGGGAAGGCUACGAAGUAGAUUAUUUCGCGCUCUUGGAUUGGCAGCCUUCGGUUGCUACCAACCGCAUCACUGGAGAAGCCAUCGGUGCCUUCAACCCGAUGCAUGCCGACAACAAGCGCGAGAACAGAUCAGUAUCAAGCCCCCAAUUUGCUAAUGCCAGCGUGCGACAAGGUCUCAGCUUGGUCACUCGGCUCGCACGCGCCUCCGGUGCAAGCUUCCUGUACCUUCAGUUCGGCGGUGUGCAGGAAGAUCCUCCGCUGCACGGUUGCAACCGCUACCUUGGCCGGGGGAGUGCUGAGGUCAUGGACUACAGAAGGACCCGAUUUGCCUACAAAACUGUUGAGUUUUUAUGGAACCUCACGCUGGAAAGGUCGAAGCGAGAAGGCGUAACUGCCUACACCCAUGUGCUUUGGCAGCGAGAGGACGCACAUUGGGUCGACGACUUGCGCCUGGAACUUUUCCGGAAUCCUUGGGCAGUGUCUGGCAUUUCCGUGUACGGCGUUUGCAACGCUGUUCCGAACUUUCCCACAGAAAGCUACAUCUCCGACAAAGUCUUCCUAGUGGGCGGAGUAGCCGCGAUGUCCUUUUUCAAACUGUACGAUCUGGUGAACUGCGGGAAUCCAAGCCAUGAGCUGAGCCAAGUAGAAAGGCCGGAGCAAUUCAUCGUUAAGGCCACUCAGGCCUUGGGCUUAGAGUUCCACGAGUUGCCAUGGAACUCCUUGCCGGUCAUCAUCGGUCGACACAUGAAGAUCUAUGGCUAUGCAGAUAUUGCAGUGGUCUUCUGCUUGAAGUUCUCACGAUCCUGUCUCUUUCGUCCCAGCGGAUCCCGCGUUGCUGCCAGCAUCGUGCCAUACCGGGGUUGCGAGGUCUUCGCAACAUCUUCCAACAUGACUCAAUCGACACCGACAUCCGUGAAUGUCACAGAUCGGGAUGAGAGCGUUUCCAACCUGAGAUUCGAGGACUACGAUCUGGAUAGCUUGGACAUAGGUGGUGGAGUGAACUGGACUGCUCCGGAUCCUCUGGAGGGCACGAAGUUCUACUCCAUCCAGCUGGAGUGGGAUCGAACCUUCGAAUACCGGAGCGCCAUCGCCGAGGUUCCCGUGGGAGAGGUGGACUACCAAAUCCCUGUGGACACUUAUCUUGGCACCUACCCUUACCUUUACGUGUUCACCAAGUCCUCGCUCUUUGAGCAGACGACCCCGGUGGGCUUGAAGGUGAGUGACACAUCACCGCAGAUCACCAACAUCGAGUUCUCAGAUCAGGACUUGGACGUGGACGAGAUUGGAGGAAAUCUGACCUGGACGGAGCCUGCAAAUUGGACAUUGGUCACACACUACUACAUCUACUUCGCCAAGGAGGACGCAAGUACUCGGCGGCUGGCGAGCGUGGGAGAUGGCAUCAAUGCCAGCGACAUCUCGGGUGGCUGUUCCAAUGCCACGAACGGCUCCAAUGUGUCUGGUUGCCAAUUUGAUGAAGACACGUCAGCAUCGGCAACUUCCAGUUCAACCUCGUCGACCACAACGGCCAUAACACAGACGUCUACGACAUCUUCCACACAGACACAGACUGCGACCUCAACAACCUCCACCACCACAACAGGAUUCACCGCCUUGACACGGUCAGCUCAAGAGCACCCCUUUGUCGACUUGAGAAAUUGCCGGCGCGCUGUGCCGUCGCGGCCUCAAAGCGACAUUUGCAACCCGCAACGGAUUCAAGACUUCAAUGAACUGGACCCGGAAGCAGACGAGUUCCGGUCGAAUCCCUUGCUGGCUGCCAAGAAACCCGAAGAGGGACGCCUCGAUGGGUUCUGCAAUCUCGUCCUCAGAAAGACAACGUACAUUGAGUUCGACUUCGGCACUGACAUGCUGAUUGAGAGGAUAGAAACCAAGGGCCGUGAGACGAUCUUCCAGUGGGUCACCAAGUUCAGCUUGAGCUACACUCGCAAUGGCUACACUUGGUUCGAUCUGCCGCAGGUGUACGAGGCCAACAACGACCGGACGACGCUUGUGGAGAACAUCAUCCUUCCACACUCUUUCCUGGCGAUGAAGCUAAGGCUGAACCAACUCGAGUACUUCUCCUUCCCCUGCAUGCGAGUCGACAUUUUUGGAUGCAAACGCGCGGACACGGUGGGCGUGGAAGAGAUCAACAUCCCGUUGGAGACGGACUUCACUCCAUAUGAUCACAUCCUUUUCUUCAUGGCGUCGUACCUGCAGGAGCAGAGUACGCCCUUCGCGCACAGGCUGAACGACGAGGAUGGCCGGGUGACGGAUCUUGCUUUCAUCGACCAGGAUUUGGAUCAGGAGGAGCUCGGUGGAUAUGUCACGUUUACGCCGCCACCGGUGCUUUCCAGCAACAUCGCAUCUUGA